CACAGACGUUUUUAAAUUCAUCGAUAAAUCGUUAAAAAUUUAUCAUUAACAUUGGAAAUACAGGAAGUAAAGUUUCUUAUUAAGUUGAUCUGUUUAACUAGACCUUAAUACAAAGGCUACUUUAUGACAAUCCUUGAAAACUGUUAACACAUUAAACAAAAUUAUUUGUACGAGUGGCAUAAUAACUUAAGUUUAUUUCUCAUACGAACGUUUGUAUUUCCUGACGUACAUUUAGCAUAAUAAUUUUCGAAUUAAUAGAAACUUUUCGGUAAAAAUGAUUUUAAAAUUGGUGGUCAUGUUGGCGGUACUCGUGUGUUGUGAUUGCAUAUUAUAUUCUAGUUUUUGGGCGCCCCUGUUUAAUCCUAAGAUUCUGGGAUAUAGGGUAGACAUACCAUUUAAUCCUGAGGCGGGAAAAAAUAAUAGGGACGAUUAUAAAAACAAUUAUGGAUAUAAAGGUGAAAGAUUAAUAGCUGAUUUAGGAAAUGGCAACGGUCCGCCUCAAACGAAUUUGGAUGGUGGGAAAGUAAACUUUUAUUAUACAUACGGUGGAGUUUAUAAGCAAGAUGAUAUAAAUAAACAUGAAUAUAAUAAAACAGUGUGAAACAA